AAGGAGAUGAAGAUGACAUAUUGGCGCCUUCAAUCUCAACAGCUUAUCUACUCCUUCUUCCACUACCACUGCCAAUUCCAAGCAAACCUCCCUCAUUCAGAGAAAGUGAGUUAGUUUAAGAGAGAGAAUGAGAACCAUAACGCUCUCAGGGAGCGUUUUGCUUUCUCUGCAAUCUCGAUCCAAGUCCAACACCCAACCUUCCUCCAAGCUUUUUCUUCGGAACCCAUCUUCAAUCUCUGCAAGGUGAUCCUCAUCAUUCGAUACCCAUCUCCAUUAGGCUCUUCUUUUAUGAUCUAACUAACUACUCUGUACCAGUGUUUACCUUUCGUUUAUUUGGUAUUGACUUACAAAUGCAAUUUUCCAGAAUGGCAAUGUACGCAAGCCAGUGGAGAGCAAGUAUUAGUGGGGAACGAUUUGGUAGCUUUUCACCAACAUCAGAAAACUCAGAUUACAAUGAGCACUUAAAGUGUCCUGAUCACAAGAACUUUGAAAAGAUUACGGAUGUAAUUCAAAUAAUGGAUGAUUAUAGUGGCUUAAAAAAUGAACUUGCAACCAAGAACUUGGGAAGAUCGUCUGAGAAGGCCAUAGAGUUUGUCUUUUCGGAAAAACCAGUUAGUUCAUUUUUGAAGAUUUUGAUGAUGUUUGGAGUUCUAACACUUCAAGGAUCUCAACCAGCAGUUGCAGCUUCUGAUUUCACAACCAGGCUUCUUUCAAGUCCUUAUUUUUCUGAUCUUGGAGAUAUUAGCACAGGUUUUGCUUCAGCUUUCUUGCUGAUAUUUUUCUCUGAACUGGGGGACAAGACAUUCUUCAUUGCGGCUCUUUUAGCAGCUAGGAACUCUGCUGCAGUUGUUUUCACUGGAACGUUUGGUGCACUCGCGGCAAUGACAGUCAUAUCCGUUGCUCUCGGACGAACUUUUCACUAUGUUGAUGAAAUCCUUCCCUUCAGGUUUGGUGAGACUGAUUUGCCUCUGGAUGAUAUUGCUGCCGUUGUUCUGUUGAUCUAUUUUGGGGUUUCAACCUUGGUCGAUGCCAGCUCAAGUGAUAGCCUUAAAGCAGAAGAUGAACAGAAAGAGGCAGAAUUAGCGGUUUCCGAGUUUUCAGGAAAUGGUGCUGGAAUAGUAGCAGCUGCUAGCACUGCUCUUAGUACUUUCUUCUUAGUUUUUGUUGCUGAAUGGGGUGACAAAUCAUUUUUCUCUACAAUAGCUCUUGCUGCAGCGUCUUCACCUCUUGGGGUCAUUGCAGGAGCACUAGCUGGUCAUGGAGUCGCGACUUUGAUUGCUGUUUUGGGAGGUUCGUUAUUAGGUUCAUUCUUAUCAGAGAAGGCAAUCGCCUACGUUGGAGGUGUUCUUUUUCUAGUCUUUGCAGGUAUAACAUUAAUUGAGAUAUUGAACUGAAACCCCUUUGAGGUAUUUCCACCAUAACAUUUAGCAUUAGUGUUGUAUUUAUGGUUAUCAUUUUCAGAUGUAUGGGCUAUCUUUAUGCAGUGACUAUGAUCUUCUAAAUAUAUAGUGAAAUUUAUAUA